GGCGGGCGGGCGGCCGGCGGCGGCCAUGGAGCCCCGCAGCAUGGAGUACUUCAGCGCCCAGGUGCAGCAGAAGGACGUGGGCGGCCGGCUGCAGGGCGGCCAGGAGCUGCUGCUCUACCUCGGCAGCCCCGGCGCCAUCCCCGACCUGGAGGAGGACCUGGGCCGCCUGGGCAAGACGAUCGACGCGCUCACCGGCUGGGUGGGCUCCAGCAACUACCGGGUAUCAUUAAUGGGAUUGGAAAUUUUAAGUGCCUUUGUGGAUAGAUUAUCGACACGAUUUAAAUCCUAUGUAGCAAUGGUUAUUGUAGCUUUAAUAGACAGAAUGGGAGAUGCCAAAGACAAGGUUCGAGACGAAGCUGUGAAUCUGAUAUUGAAGUUGAUGGAUCAAGUAGCACCACCUGUGUACAUCUGGGAGCAGUUGGCUUCUGGUUUUAAGCACAAGAAUUUUCGAUCACGAGAAGGUGUCUGUCUGUGUCUUGUUGAGACCUUAAACAUUUUUGGAGCUCAGCCAUUAGCUCUCAGCAAGUUGGUACCACAUUUAUGUGUCCUGUUUGGAGAUUCCAACAGUCAGGUGAGAGAUGCUGCAGUAUUGGCCAUUGUGGAGAUUUAUAGACACGUGGGAGAGAAAGUGAGGGUGGACCUUCAUAGGAGAGGAAUUCCCCCUGCCAGAUUAGAAAUGAUAUUUGCCAAAUUUGAUGAAGUUCAAAAUUCAGGCGGUAUGAUUUUGAGUGUCUGCAAAGAUAAAAGCUUUGAUGAUGAAGAAUCAGUGGAUGGAAAUAGGCCGUCGUCAGCUGCUUCAGCCUUCAAGGUUCCUGCACCUAAAACAUCCGGAAAUCCUGUCAACAGCGCAAGGAAGCCUGGUUCAGCAGGUGGCCCCAAGGUUGGAGCAGGUGCUUCUAAGGAAGGAGGUGCUGGAGCAGUUGAUGAAGAUGAUUUUAUAAAAGCUUUCACAGACGUUCCUUCUAUUCAGAUCUAUUCUAGUCGAGAACUUGAAGAAACAUUAAAUAAAAUCAGGGAAAUUUUGUCAGAUGACAAACAUGAUUGGGAUCAGCGUGCCAAUGCACUUAAGAAAAUUCGGUCAUUGCUUGUUGCUGGAGCUGCACAAUAUGAUUGCUUUUUCCAGCAUUUGCGCUUGUUGGACGGUGCACUUAAGCUUUCGGCUAAGGAUCUGAGAUCCCAGGUGGUUAGAGAAGCUUGCAUUACUGUAGCCCAUCUUUCAACAGUUCUGGGAAACAAGUUUGAUCACGGCGCAGAGGCCAUUGUACCUACACUUUUUAAUCUCGUCCCCAAUAGUGCAAAAGUCAUGGCAACUUCUGGAUGUGCAGCAAUCAGGUUCAUCAUUCGGCAUACUCAUGUACCCAGACUCAUACCAUUAAUAACAAGCAAUUGCACAUCAAAAUCAGUUCCUGUGAGGAGACGCUCAUUUGAAUUUCUAGAUUUGUUGUUACAAGAAUGGCAGACUCAUUCAUUGGAAAGACAUGCAGCUGUCCUGGUUGAAACAAUUAAGAAGGGAAUUCAUGAUGCUGAUGCUGAGGCCAGAGUGGAGGCAAGAAAGACGUAUAUGGGUCUUAGAAACCACUUUCCUGGUGAAGCUGAGACACUGUAUAAUUCCCUGGAGCCGUCUUAUCAGAAGAGUCUUCAAACUUACUUAAAGAGUUCUGGAAGCGUAGCUUCUCUUCCUCAGUCAGACAGGUCCUCAUCCAGCUCACAAGAAAGUCUCAAUCGUCCUUUUUCUUCCAAGUGGUCUACAGCAAAUCCAUCAACUGUGGCUGGAAGAGUGUCAGCCAGCAGCAGCAAAGCCAGCUCCCUUCCAGGAAGCCUGCAGCGUUCACGAAGUGACAUCGAUGUGAAUGCUGCUGCUGGUGCCAAGGCGCAUCAUGCUGCCGGGCAGUCUGUGCGAAGCGGGCGCUUAGGUGCAGGUGCCCUGAAUCCAGGUUGCUACGCAUCUCUAGGCCGGGUGAGAGCAAAGCUUUCAGCACCACUUGCUGGCAUGGGAAGUGCCAAGACAGAUUCCAGAGGAAGAAGUCGAACAAAAAUGGUGUCUCAGUCACAGCGUUCGUCAUCACCUGACAGAAACGAAGCUGGCAGCCGGUCUGGGUCCCCAGGAAGAGUCCUGACCACAACUGUCCUCUCCACUGUGAGUUCCGGUGUUCAAAGGGUCCUGGUCAAUUCCGCCUCGGCGCAGAAGAGAAGCAAGAUUCCACGGAGCCAGGGCUGCAGCAGAGAGGCUAGUCCGUCGAGGCUGUCAGUGGCUCGAAGCAGCCGUAUUCCUCGACCAAGUGUGAGUCAGGGGUGCAGCCGGGAAGCUAGUCGGGAGAGCAGCAGGGACACAAGUCCUGUUCGCUCUUUUCAGCCCCUCGGUCCGGGCUACGGGAUCAGCCAGUCAAGCCGACUGUCCUCCUCCGUCAGCGCUAUGCGAGUCCUGAACACUGGCUCCGACGUGGAGGAGGCCGUAGCAGAUGCCUUGAAAAAGCCCGCUCGAAGGAGAUACGAGUCCUAUGGGAUGCAUUCAGACGAUGAUGCCAACAGUGACGCAUCUAGUGCUUGCUCAGAGCGCUCCUACAGCUCUCGGAACGGCAGUAUUCCGACGUACAUGAGGCAGACGGAAGAUGUGGCAGAGGUCCUCAAUCGAUGCGCCAGUUCCAACUGGUCAGAAAGGAAGGAGGGCCUCCUGGGUCUGCAGAAUUUACUAAAAAAUCAAAGAACACUAAGUCGAGUUGAACUGAAAAGACUGUGUGAAAUUUUCACAAGGAUGUUUGCUGAUCCUCACGGCAAGGUGUUCAGCAUGUUUUUGGAGACCCUGGUGGACUUCAUCCAAGUCCACAAGGACGAUCUUCAAGACUGGUUGUUUGUAUUGCUGACACAGCUGCUAAAAAAAAUGGGUGCUGAUCUGCUUGGAUCUGUUCAGGCAAAAGUUCAGAAAGCCCUGGAUGUUACCAGAGAAUCUUUUCCAAAUGAUCUUCAGUUCAAUAUUCUAAUGAGAUUUACAGUUGACCAGACCCAAACGCCAAGCCUAAAGGUAAAGGUUGCUAUCCUUAAAUACAUAGAAACUCUGGCCAAACAGAUGGACCCAGGAGAUUUUGUAAAUUCCAGCGAAACUCGCCUGGCAGUGUCUCGGGUCAUUACUUGGACAACAGAACCCAAAAGUUCUGAUGUUCGGAAGGCAGCCCAGUCCGUGCUCAUUUCCUUGUUUGAACUCAAUACCCCGGAGUUUACAAUGUUGUUAGGAGCUUUACCAAAAACUUUUCAGGAUGGUGCUACCAAGCUUCUUCAUAAUCACCUUCGGAACACAGGCAACGGGACCCAGGGUUCCAUGGGGAGUCCUUUGACAAGGCCAGCAUCACGUUCACCAGCCAAUUGGUCCAGUCCUCUUACUUCUCCUACCAAUACAUCACAGAAUACUUUAUCUCCAAGUGCAUUUGAUUAUGACACAGAAAACAUGAACUCUGAGGAUAUUUACAGCUCUCUUAGAGGUGUUACAGAAGCAAUUCAGAAUUUCAGCUUCCGGAGUCAGGAAGAUAUGAAUGAGCCAUUGAAAAGGGAUUCUAAAAAAGAAGAUGGUGAUUCAAUGUGCGGUGGUCCUGGGAUACCCGACCCAAGAGCAGGAGGUGAUGCUACUGACUCCAGCCAGACAGUUCUUGAUAAUAAAGCUUCCUUGCUCCACGCGAUGCCUGCUCACUCCUCUCCACGCUCUCGAGACUACAAUCCAUAUAACUAUUCAGAUAGCCUCAGUCCCUUCAACAAGUCAGCCCUCAAGGAAGCCAUGUUUGAUGAUGACGCAGACCAGUUUCCCGAUGAUCUUUCACUUGACCAUUCUGACCUGGUGGCAGAGCUGUUGAAGGAGCUGUCUAACCACAAUGAGCGGGUGGAGGAAAGAAAGAUCGCCCUCUAUGAACUGAUGAAGCUGACACAGGAAGAGUCCUUCAGUGUUUGGGAUGAACACUUUAAAACAAUCCUGCUGUUACUGCUUGAAACCCUUGGGGAUAAAGAGCCUAUGAUCAGGGCUUUGGCACUAAAAGUUUUAAGAGAAAUCCUAAGGCAUCAACCAGCAAGAUUUAAAAACUAUGCAGAACUGACGGUCAUGAAAACAUUAGAAGCACAUAAAGAUCCUCAUAAGGAGGUGGUGAGAGCGGCUGAGGAUGCUGCGUCAGUGCUGGCCACCUCAAUUAGUCCAGAGCAGUGCAUCAAAGUGCUUUGUCCGAUCAUCCAAACCGCAGACUACCCCAUCAAUCUGGCUGCCAUCAAAAUGCAAACAAAAGUGAUAGAGAGAGUGUCCAAGGACACCCUUAACCUGCUCUUGCCGGAGAUUAUGCCAGGCCUGAUACAGGGUUAUGAUAAUUCAGAGAGCAGCGUUCGGAAAGCAUGUGUCUUCUGCCUGGUGGCUGUUCAUGCGGUGAUUGGUGAUGAACUAAAACCCCAUCUCAGUCAACUCACUGGCAGUAAAAUGAAGCUGCUGAAUCUUUACAUCAAACGCGCACAGACAGGCUCGGGAGGCGCUGAUCCCACCGCUGAUGUUUCUGGACAAAGUUAGUGAAGCCGUUGACGUGAACCAGGUCUCUCAAAGAAAGGACAGAAAGACCACCUUCAUCCACGGAAGGAAGUUUUCAAAUACGUCUUUUAUAACUUAUCAUUGUUUCCCAGUUUUAAUUUUUGUUUUGUUUUGUUUUGUAUUUUCUGUAGCAGAGGGCUCUCCUCAGUCUGCAUGUAACUUUUAUGAUAGUUAUCCCAAAUUCAAGAAGAAGCAGUAUUAACAUCAGUUGAUCAAUACAAAGGAAUUUUUAAUCUAAUUCGUCAUUUUACAUGUCUGUACUUUUUGUCUUCCCAUUAACCUUUGCCAGUGUUACGAUUGUACAAAAAAUUUUUUUUAAGUGCUGGUUAAACAGGAAUGCUUAAAGCUUUAAAAGUUUAACAGUCUAAAACAUUUUUUUUUUUUGCCUUUAUUCAACUGCAAAAUAAUAUUUUAUUGCUACUCUUGAGUUUUGUUCCGUAUCAUGUCCUAUGCUAGAAGUACUGAAAUGAUGUGAAAACAGCCCAGGACUAAUUUGAACUACAGCUGGACUCUGUUGUGUGAUGGUGACCCAUGUCAUUAGUUGCAGCUUCUUUGGGGUGAUCUGUAGUUUGACAAUGGAAGACCUCAAAAAGAAAUGUAAAACUGAUAUUGUUUGUUAGUUAUUGAUCUAGCCAUUUUUAUUUAAAACCUUCUCCCCUCCAUGAUCCCUUAAGAAAGCCGCACCAAAUCAUCUGUUUGUUUGGGUUUUUUUUCCCCUUGAUGCUUAUAAAGAUAGAAGGUUUUAUUGCAGGGUUUUUUGGUUUGUUUAUCUUUGUUGUGAAUGAUGCUUUUUUUUUUUUGUAUUUAUUAAUAUCAAAUUCACUUAUGAAUAAACUUGAUAAUGGAAACAGACA